AUGACACGUCGUCACGAGCGAUGGCGAGAGACAUGUCUGCAGAUGCCAGCCAUGGACCUUCUACACUCUACACUAGUGCUAGCACUAGCUCCUUUGAAAAGCGUGAGCUACCGAGGUAUCAAACACGGAGACUACACUUCUGUCUCAAUUCCUCAUGGGGCAGAGCCUCCUGUGUUUCACCAAUUUUCUUUCUCUGAGGCGAGCGCGAGGAGCCUAGCGAAAGCCACGAAUCCCCGACUGUCCCAGUCUGCAAGAUGUCUAAUUUCGAAGGCGCAUUUGGUCCUAGUGGGCCCAACAGCGCAUAUGGAAAGCCGCCGAGGAACGAUGUCUUCGACGGAAAGCAGCUGCGCAAAGCCGUCGCAAGACGAACCGUUGAUUACAACUCCUCUGCAAUGCGAUGGUGUCUGA